GUUGUCGUUCGUCGUUUUCGUUUUGUCGUUUUGUGAAUGGUGAUGAUAAAUGGGAGCAACCCAACUGUCGUGAUGGUGGCAUUUUCGAAAGAAAUUCUCGUUUUUCCGUGCAUUAAUCAAUGCGCAAUAGUGUGAUGAGUAUUUAGAAUUGUUUUCGCAACUCCUUUUUAUACUUCUAUCCCCUUCACGGACUCUAUUUCCUCUCACCUCAGUCGUUCUACUGAAGUUGAAGGACAUCUGCCAUUUUAGAUAUACCUCAGUGUCGAAGUAUUUAAUUUUUCGCACGAUAACUCCGUUUGCUAAAUUAUUUAUGGUGUUUUUAUUCAAGUAUUUCAAAAUCACGAACUCACGAAAGUUCAUUAGCAAAUGUUUAAAUGGACGCAUCGUCCAUCAUAACUCAGGUGUCUCGCGAUGACGAAAGGCUAGGAAAUUAUUCACCUGAGAAAGUCUUUCUACCGGAUGGCGAAAACAAAAGUCCUGAAGGCAGCAAGUUUCUGCCCUCAGGUGAAAAUGAAAACACGGAAGUUGCCUUGACACCCAAAAAGGCUGGCGCCAGGGGCUUUCUUCGAUCGUUGCUUUGCUGUUGGGGAGGUCGAGACAACAAUGUUGCACUCAACUCCAGACUUAACCGUGCUUCACCAACUCUACCCCGAUCUUAUCAAAGCUAUCUCUUACCACCUGUCCGGCAUCAAGACAUGCAUAAAAAAUGUAUGGUAAUUGAUUUGGACGAAACUCUAGUUCACAGCUCUUUCAAGCCAAUCAAUAAUGCUGAUUUUGUAGUACCAGUAGAAAUGGAAGGACAGAUACAUCAAGUCUAUGUCCUGAAAAGGCCUUACGUAGAUGAUUUUCUCCAACGUAUGGGUGAACUUUAUGAGUGUGUGCUUUUUACAGCUAGUCUUGCUAAGUAUGCAGAUCCAGUCGCGGACUUAUUGGACCGAUGGGGUGUACUACGAGCAAGGCUGUUUAGAGAAUCAUGUGUCUUCCAUCGGGGGAAUUACGUCAAAGAUCUGACCAGGCUUGGCCGUGACCUACAAAGAGUUGUGAUUGUUGAUAACUCGCCAGCAUCUUAUGUCUUCCAUCCGGACAAUGCAGUGCCUGUUGCCUCGUGGUUCAAUGACAUGACUGACACAGAGUUACUGGAUCUAAUUCCGUUCUUCGAACAACUAAGUAAAGUUGAUAGUGUAUAUUCCAUCUUAUGCAAUACAAGUAACCCAAAUUAUGGUGGCAAUCAGCUGCAGCAAAUUGGAUGUGGUGAUAACGCCUCAUAGUUUUUAUAAUUGACUUUUCAUGUGCCAACUUGCCUUUAUAUUCUCCUCAUCUUUUUCAAUUUUUUAUCCAUUAAUUUAUUUAAUUUUCAUCCUCUUCUUUUUUCGCUACUUCAAUGAGAUUUAUCAAAAAUCCUUCCAAGAAUGGCCCCCCUAAUUUUUAUCAACUAGAAUCUUUCUUCACUUUUCUUUGCUUUUACCCUUGCACAUGGUAGAAACUUUAAUCAUGGUCAGCUGAAGUCAGAAUGCCUAUGGUUUUCUGUUCAAAAGGGAAUGGGUUCAGCAGUUUUUCUCUCCAAUGUUGCUUUAACAAAAAAAAAAAAAAAGAAAGGAAAAUGAUGCUCUAAUGUUUCAUUUGGUUUGCUGAACUUUGAUUCUUUUAUGAAUUUCUUUUUUUAUUUUUUUUUUAAUGAAAAAAUUUUGUACAUUUAGAAGCAUUUUCUAAAAUUCUGAUUUUGCGGCCUAAGUCUGCAGAUUUUCGCCCCCAAAAGAAAUUUCAAGUAUAAUUUUAAAUCCGAGAUUUCAGCAAGAUUUGAGAAAACAUUGAGAUGUCAUGGAAAAUGUUCAUGCUUUAUUGAAAGAUUUUGAUUGAUCAAUGACCUUACAUCAUUGUCAAUAUAUUUUUUUUUCCUUUUCCAUCUACUGAGUUUGCAGUUUUUGCCCAGUGUGCCCCUCUUUUUCUACUUUUUUAAUUUAUCAGUCUCAAAAACGAGUAAUCAAGAAAAAUGUUAUUUAUGUGAGUAUAUUUUCUCUUGUUAUAAUCAUAAAUAUCUAAUUAUUUAGGCAUAUUGUUAUUUUUAUUGUCCAAGACUUGUGAGUACACUUAUUUGUACAGUAAAAACGAUUGAAUCAAGAAGUAACUUUUAAUAAACAAAAUAAGGGCCUGGAUAAUGGAAAAUGUACGUGCCUCAGAGCGCAGAUAAAUCUGUCGGACAAGCGGAAAUUCGGAUGAUACGAUGAACAUUAUUCAGGCUCUUUCUGCGCUCCACAACUUAUGCUUUUAUUAAUGCAUGCAAGUAACACUUCUGUGUUUAUAUAUCUUUUUUUACUUUUAGGAUGUAAGACUUGCUUUUGGCAUGAUUCUUUAUAUCACCAACCUGAUUUUGGGAACUUCCCGCACGAUUUUUAGUGGCAUUGGAAUCAAAUUUACUGUGGGUCUGGUCGUGUAACUGCUCUUUGUUUCUUUAGACUGAAAAUUAUUCCCUGCUCACAUUCACAGCAUGGACAAACUAAAGCCUAAGUUGACGUCAUAUUUUACAACUUGAAAGUCUUGUGUUCAUUAAGGAACAGAACUGGCGAUAAAUGCAAAAAUGUAGAAAUAUCAUCUCUCACCUCUCUGGGACAUUCAUAUGUUACAGUGGCAUAGUUCAAACCCCCUCUCUACAAAAGUACUGAGUAUCAUAUGGAAUUUUCAAAGGAACUUGUUUUAGCGUCAGAACUCUGUCGUUAGAUCUGGCAUUCCUAAGAAUAGCCAAGUAGCGGAUGGUAAAGCGUGAAAUCUUAUUCACAUUUGUGCGAAUGAGUUGAUAGGAAAA